AUGGCUGUCGCGGGGCUGCAUUUCAAUCGUGUGCACAAGUACCGGGCGGGCUCGAAGAAUUGGCUGUCGAGACAAUUUGGCAUCGUGAAUUUCCGGCACAUUCUCGACCCGAGACUGUCGCUAUCCACUGCGCUCGGGAGCAUCAAGACCGUGGAAGAAUGGACUGAGAAGAGCAUCGAAAUCCAACAUGCCAGGAGUGAGGGGGAGGCAGGCGUCGGACUCGUAACGAAGAAACACGCUGGGAAAAAGUCAAACGAGGUCUGGCUUGAGGCGAAAGAUGCCGAGGGCAGAACGCCUCUCGCGCUGGCUGCCUCGAUCGGGCACGAAUCUCUCGUCCGGCUGCUACUCGGCAAGGGAGCCGAUAUCGAGUCCAGAGAUAUGCUCGGCAGAACACCUUUGGCCUGGGCCGUCGAGUCCGGGCAUGCGGCUGCUCUCCAGGUAUUGAUUGAGCACGGCGCCAACAUUGAAGCUCAAGACCUGCCAUUUGGUCGGACACCCUUGUCGCGGGCGGCCACGAUCGGGCACAUGGCAAUCCUCCAAAUUCUACUCGAUAAGGGAGCAAACAUCGAGGCCAAGGAUUCGCUCAGCAGGACCCCGCUAGCACGGGCUGUGAAAAUGGGGAACGAGGCCGUUGUUCAGCUGCUGGUCGACAAGGGCGCCAACAUCGACGCCAGAGACCAGCACGGAAGGACACCACUCGCGCGUGCUGCUGACAGAGGACACGAGACCAUCAUCCAGAUGCUGCUCGAUAAAGGUGCCAGUAUAGAAGCCAAAGAUGAAGUCGGCAGGUCGGCACUGGCGCGGGCCGCCGAGCGAGGGCACGAAGCUGUUGUUUAUAUGCUCUUGGAGAGGGGUGCAAACAUUGAGGCCAGGGACCAGAUGGCCAGCAUGACACCGCUCGCAAGGGCAGUUACGACAAUGCACAUGCCCGUUGUUCAGAUGCUGCUCGAUAACAACGCUGACAUCGAAGCCAAAGACGCGCUUGGCAGAACACCACUUGCCUGGGCAGUGAUCACAAGGCGAGAGGCCGUGGUCAAGGCGCUGGUUGAAAAGGGUGCCGACAUCAUGGCGAUUGAUCAAGACGGCCUGACGCCUCUGGCCUGGGCCAGCGGACAGGAGGCUAUUGGUCACAUUCUUUGCACCGAGAAGGCAAAGGGGGCUCUACCAAGGAUACCUUGA